AUGGGCAGUGCUCACCUGUGUGAGAGCGUGUGCCAGGUGGUGCUCACCUGUGUGAGUGUGUGCCAGGCGGUGGCCAUCUGUGUGGCACUGGGGGUGCAGGGGCACACUGCUCUGACCCCCCCUCCCGGCAGGUUACCUGUGGAGGGCGAGAGGAACGUGCUGAUCACCAGCGCGCUGCCCUACGUCAACAACGUCCCUCACCUGGGCAACAUCAUCGGCUGCGUGCUCAGCGCCGACACCUUCGCCAGGUACUGCCGCCUGCGGCGCUGGAACACGCUGUUCGUGUGCGGCACGGACGAGUACGGCACGGCCACGGAGACGCGCGCGCUGCAGGAGGGGCUGAGCCCCCAGGAGCUCUGCGACCGCUACCACGCCCUGCACGCCGACAUCUACAGCUGGUUCCACAUCUCCUUCGACCACUUCGGCCGCACCACCACGCCCCAGCAGACCAGGAUCGCCCAGGACAUCUUCCAGCGGCUGCUGGCGCGCGGCUUCCUGCUGCAGGACACGCUGGAGCAGCUGCGCUGCGAGAGCUGCGGCCGCUACCUGGCCGACCGCUUCGUGGAGGGCACGUGUCCCUUCUGCGGCUACGCCGAGGCGCGCGGCGACCAGUGCGACAAGUGCGGCAAGCUCAUCAACGCCGUGGAGCUGCAGAACCCCCAGUGCAAGCUGUGCCGUGGGACCCCGGUGGUGACGCCCACCCAGCACCUGUUCCUGGACCUGCCCAAGCUGGAGGGGCGGCUGGAGGCGUGGCUGGAGCGCAGCUGGGCGCAGGGGGAGUGGACGGCCAACGCGCGGCACAUCACGCGCUCCUGGCUGCGCGACGGGCUGCGGCCGCGCUGCAUCACCCGCGACCUCUCCUGGGGCACCCCGGUGCCCCUCGACGGCUUCCGUGACAAGGUGUUCUACGUGUGGUUCGACGCUCCCAUCGGGUACCUGUCCAUCACGGCCAACUACACCGAGCAGUGGGAGCGGUGGUGGAAGAACCCCCAGCAGGUGGAGCUCUACAACUUCAUGGCCAAGGACAACGUCCCCUUCCACAGCGUCGUGUUCCCCUGCUCGCUGCUGGGCGCCGACGACAACUACACCCUGGUGAAUCACCUGAUCGCCACAGAGUACCUGAACUACGAGGACGGGAAGUUCUCCAAGAGCCGGGGCGUGGGCGUGUUCGGGGACAUGGCCAAGGACACCGGCAUCCCGGCCGACGUCUGGCGCUUCUACCUGCUCUACGUGCGGCCCGAGGGCCAGGACAGCGCCUUCUGCUGGGCCGACCUCCUGCUCAAGAACAACUCCGAGCUGCUCAACAACCUGGGCAACUUCAUCAACAGGGCUGGCAUGUUCGUGUGCAAGUUCUUUGGGGGCACCGUGCCCCCCAUGGCGCUCACGGCCGAGGACCAGCGGCUUGUGGCCCGGGUCACGCUGGAGAUGCGCCAGUACCACCAGCUGAUGGAGAAAGUCCGCAUCCGCGACGCGCUCAGGUGCGUGCUCAGCAUCUCCCGCCACGGCAACCAGUACAUCCAGGUGAACGAGCCCUGGAAGCGCAUCAAGGGCGACGACAGGGACAGGCAGCGCGCGGGGACGGUGACCGGUGUGGCGGUGAACGUGGCGGCGGCGCUGGCCGCGCUGCUCCAGCCCUUCGUGCCCGGGGUCAGCGCCGCCAUCCAGGGCCAGCUGCGCAUCCCCCCCGAGCGCUGCGGCCUCGGGCCCGGCCUCACCUGCACCCUGCCCGCCGGGCACCGCGUCGGCACGGUGAGCCCCCUGUUCCAGAAGCUGGAGCCUGAGCAGGUGGAAGCCCUGCGCCAGCGCUUCGGGGGAGGGCAGGCCAAACAGGCCCCCCCGGCCUCAGCCCCCCCUGCACCCCCCAACGCCUCUGCAGCUCCAGGUGACCCCAAACUGAUCCAGGAGCUGACGGAGCAGGUGGCCAAGCAGGGCAACCUGGUGAGGCAGCUGAAGGCUGCCCAGGUGGAGAAGGCCCAGGUGGACGCCCAGGUGGCCAAACUGCUGGAGCUGAAGCAGCAGCUGGCGCUGGCCGAAGGCCGCAGCCCCGAGGUCUCCAAGGGCAAGCGGAAGAAGUGACCCCAGCACCACCUGGGACGCCCGAGGAGCUCCAGUAACCAAACUGGGCCGUGCUGGUUGUGGUCGGACGUGUGUAAUAAACGAAAAGAUCUGUACAAGGGCGUGGAGCAGCUGCA